CUGACACUCAUGACUUCAGUAUCAAUGAGGCAUGAGUGGAGUAGGGUUGUGUAAGAUAGGAGUCUAGAGCUCAGAAAUGUGGUCCCGUGAAUAUAUUUAAGAUGUCAUAUACGGAAUUAUACGUCAAGGGCGCGUCGGUAUGGCUGCCCGACGACGACGCGGUGUGGGUGUGUGGCGUCCUAGAGGCAGACUGUCCGCCCCUGCCGGCCACCAUCUCCAUCGCCGUCCACACUCAGAGUCGUACUGUGGUGGUGACGACAGAAGACGACUUGCCACCUCUCCGCAAUCCCGAUAUCUUGGAGGGUCAAAACGACCUAACUUCCCUCAGCUACCUGCACGAACCUGCCGUGCUUCACAACCUGCAAGUCCGUUUCGCCAACAAGUCUACCAUUUAUACCUACUGCGGCAUCGUGCUGGUGGCCAUCAACCCAUACCAGGACUGUCCCAUCUACGGCCCUGACUACAUCCACGCCUACCGCGGCCAGAACAUGGGCGAGCUCGACCCUCACAUCUUCGCCGUCGCCGAGGAGGCCUAUACUAAAAUGGAGCGGGAGAACAGGAACCAGAGCAUCAUCGUGUCGGGCGAGUCCGGUGCGGGCAAGACGGUGUCCGCCAAAUACGCCAUGCGAUAUUUUGCCAGCGUCGGGGGCUCUUCCGACGAGACUCAAGUCGAGAAAAAAAUCCUUGCUUCUAAUCCUAUCAUGGAGGCAAUAGGUAACGCCAAGACGACCCGUAACGACAACAGCUCGCGUUUCGGCAAGUACAUCGAGCUGCACUUCAGCAGCGCGUACAGCAUUGUUGGUGCUAGUAUGAGGACCUACCUGCUGGAGAAGUCGCGUGUGGUCUUCCAGGCUCCCGGCGAGAGGAACUACCACAUCUUCUACCAGAUGUGUUCAUCUGCGAAUGACCCCAGAUUGGCUGGGCUCAAGUUGGCUUCUCAAGACUCGUUCAGCUACCUGAACCAGGGCGACAGCGCCAACAUCACAGGCGUGGACGACGCCGCGGACUUCCAGGAGACGUGUAAGGCGCUCGCGCUGCUGGGGCUGCAAGACGAGGCGCUGCGACCAGUCUUUACUGUGCUCGCUGCCAUCCUGCAUCUCGGCAACGUGGAACUCGUCAAGACAUCGGCUGACUCCUGCGCCGUGCCUGUAGACGACAUGGCGCUGCCCGUGGUGUGCUCCCUGCUGAAGGUGUCGGAGGAGGAGCUCAGGAAGUGGUUGUGUCACCGCAAGAUUGUCUCUGGCGGGGAGGUCUUCAUAAAACCCAUCACUGCUGAGCAGGCAACGUUUUACCGCGACGCAUUGGCGAAGCAUAUCUACGCGCAGGUGUUUGCUUGGAUCGUCAAGCAGAUCAACAAAUGUUUCAGUUCCUCCCACACACCAUUCAGAUUCAUCGGAGUGCUUGACAUCUAUGGAUUCGAGACCUUCGAGAUAAACAGCUUUGAACAAUUCUGCAUCAACUACGCUAAUGAGAAACUUCAACAGCAAUUCAACCAGCACGUGUUCAAGUUGGAGCAGGAGGAGUACGUCAAGGAGCAGAUAGAGUGGGAGUUCAUCAACUUCUAUGACAAUCAACCCUGCAUAAACCUCAUCGAGUCUAAGCUGGGCAUACUAGACCUGCUCGAUGAGGAGUGUCGGAUGCCACGAGGAUCAGACCAGUCGUGGGUUGAGAAGCUCUACGACAAAUGUAAAGCAGCGGAGCACUUCAGCAAACCCCGGCUGUCGCGCACUGCGUUCAUUAUCCACCACUUCGCCGACGAGGUCAUCUACGAGAGCUGCGGCUUCCUCGAGAAGAACAGAGACCACGUGUCCGAGGACCAUAUCGCCACCAUUAAGUCCAGCAGAAUCACAUUCGUAAGUCAACUGUUCAACGAGGCGACGGCUAAACCUGCGGGCGGUGCUAAGCUUAAGAUCGUCCCCGGCAAGCCAAGCGCGACUACGAGCAGCAAGACCGCCAAGCAGUCCGUUGGCUCUCAGUUUCGCAACUCGUUAGCGCUGCUCAUGGAGACGCUCAACUCGACGACCCCUCACUACGUGCGCUGCAUUAAACCCAACGACGACAAGGAGGCGUUCACCUUCGACCCUAAGCGGGCCAUACAACAGCUGCGGGCCUGUGGAGUCCUCGAGACCGUCAGGAUCAGUGCUGCUGGAUAUCCCUCCAGGUGGACGUACCAGGAGUUCUUCACGCGGUACAGAGUCUUGUGCCAUAGUCGCCACAUUCAGCGCUCAGACAUGCGCGCUACAUGUCAUAAAAUUGUCGAAACUAUUAUCAGCGACGACGACAAGUUUAAGUUUGGACGCAGCAAGAUCUUCUUCAGAGCCGGUCAGGUGGCGUACAUGGAGAAGCAGCGCUCCGACAAGCUGCGUGCUUGCUACAUCAUCAUCCAGAAGAACGUCAAAGGCUACUUACAUCGCAAGAAAUACCUCACCCUCAGGCGUGCUGCCCUCACCAUCCAGCGCUACUCCAGAGGCCUCGCCGCUCGCAGACUGGCUGAGCGAAUGCGGCGCACGGCAGCCGCGGUUGUGCUGCAGAAGAACGUGCGCGGGUGGCUGGCGCGUAUCAAAUAUACGAGGCUGCGCUGGGUCGUCACCAGGAUACAGGCGCGAGCUCGCGGCCUCUGGGCGCGACAGCGCUACCAGCGAGCCAGGAGGGAGCGCGCGGCGGUGGUGCUGCAGAAGCACAUCCGGCGCUGGGUGCAGGAGCGUCAGUACCAGCGCAUCGUGCGCGGCUUGAUCACCACACAAGGCCUCGUGCGCUGCUUCCUCGCCCGUCGUCAACUCAAGCGUCUCAAGGUCCAGGCCAAGAGUGUCGAGCACCAGAAGCAGCUCAACAAGGGUCUCGAGAACAAGAUCAUCAGCCUUCAACAAAAGCUCUCCGAAAUACAGCGUGAAAAUCAGAACAUUCGUAAAGCUUCAGAAGAUGCUGCUAACUUGAAGGUGCAGUUGCUUGCUCUCAAGAGCGUUGAAAAUGAGCUCAAAGGCUCCAAGAACACCAUUGCUUCACUUGAGGAACGCGUUAAGAACCUCGAAGAGCAACUCGCCCUAGAGCGUGGUGAGAAGAUGGACUUGUUGAAUGAGAAGGAACGCGCCGAAAAAGCAAACAAAGAACUCGUUGAGAAACUGAACGCUGAAAAUGCCCUGCUUUCUCAGCAAUUGUCCGCGGCGCUGAUCGAGAAGAAAGAGGAAGCAAACGAGGAGAAACUCAAGCAGAAGCAAGCCGCUGAGAAGGAGAGGAUGUUGCUAGAGCACGAUCAGGAGAAGGGCGCUUACCAGAAAUUGCUCGUUGAAAAACUCUCUCUUGAAGCCAAGACUGAGGCUCUCGAGGCUGAGCUUGCUCGCCUGAAGGGCCACGCAACACACAAGCGCGCAGCCAGCAGCCUAAGCAACGUGAGCGGCUACAGCGAUGCCACCACCGACGUCGUCUUGGACGUGUGUGACGUGAAUUCCGUCGCCAUGGAGGAUGACGUUGGCUACGGCUCCGUCCGCAGCCGCGGCAGUGAUCAGUCCGAGUCCGGUGCCCGCGGGCCUCUAGAUGGUAUUGAAUGGGGCAGCCCGGCGCAACAAGCUGCUGCUGUGGGCAGAGAGGCUCUCGUCAACGGCACCCUUUCUCCUGACAGGCGUGUGGACGCAAGCGUGUCUGGUCUGGGGCCCCGAGCGGCUAGACCCAACAUACAGGAAGCGAGCGUAGCACUUCUGCUGCAGACCAGACUCAGGGAGGCUCGCCAGAUCAAUCAAUCUCUAGCGGCUAGAGUUGAGUCUCUGGAAGCCAUACCGUUCGACGCCUCUUGUGGAAUAGACUCGAGCCAGCAUGCGCAGAACAUGAUCAGGCUGCAGGAGCUGGAGAUGCAGGUGGCCAAGCUGCUGAAGGACAACCAGAGCCUCAGGACAGCCGUCGCACAGGCCGCGCCUGCAGGCAGCGCCGUUCACGAGUGCAUAAAACAGUUCACGGUGCUGCAGGAUGAGCUGGAGAGACGACGGGAGGAAUGCAUGCACCUGCGCACGGUGCUGGCCACCAGGGCGACUGAGCUGCGCACGCUGUCUUCGCAGUCGUACGAGGCGAACCCCGACCUCCUUAACGAGGAUGGCGAGCUCGCCGUCGCCUACCAGACUCAGAAACGCGUCAACAAGCAGCUGACCGAGGAGCUGACAGUGGAGCGGCAGCGCGGUAAGGAGAGCGACGCGCGGCUCAGGGCUGAGGUCGAGCGGCUCAAGAAGGAGAACGCGAGACAACAAAAAGUUAUCACCUCCGCUAUGUUGAUGCCAGCAGACGGCGAAGGCGGCGUGAACGGCGCACCGCGCGUCGCUUCAGGCGUCAGCGACAUGCUCCUCGAGAGCGAAGUGAUGCGCCUUAUUGAUGAGAACGUGGAGCUGCAAUCUCAAGUGGACAGUUUGACGGCAGAACUUAAGCAGUCCAAAAACUACCUCAAAACCUAUGCCAGAAAACUCAAAGAAGUUACGGGGGUGGAGAGUAGCGUGGAGCAGCUCGAAGCUCCGUCCGAGGGAGCGGACACGAGCAGCAGCAACAGCUCCUACCAACCUGCCAUACGCAAGAAGGAGCGCGAAUACAUGGGCAUGAUGGAGUACGACAAGGCUGAUGAAGCUUCCAUUAUCAAGAUGCUUAUAUACGACCUGAAGCCGCGAGUGGCCGUGACGCUGCUGCCUGGACUACCUGCGUACAUCCUCUUCAUGUGCAUCCGCCACACCGACCACAUCGACGACGACGAGAAGGUGAAGUCACUGCUAAACCACACGAGGCUCGGCAUCAAGCGCGUCAUCAAGAAGAGGUGCCAGGACCUUGACUCGACGGUGCUGUGGCUGAGCAACACGCUCCGCCUGCUGCACAACCUCAAGCAGUACUCCGGCGACCAGGCGUUCCAGCAGGAGAAUACGCCCAAGCAGAACGAACAGUCACUUAAAAACUUCGACCUUUCCGAGUACAGACAGACACUCUCUGACUUGGCGGUGUGGAUUUAUAACGGCGUCAUCAAGCUCAUGGAGGAGAGCAUCCAGCCGUUGGUGGUGCCCAGUAUCCUGGAAAACGAGGUCAUGUCUGGCAUAUGUGUAGGCAAACCUGGCCCUGCUAAAGGUGCCAAGAACGGUGGCGUUGAAGAGUCCUCCCAGGAGCCGCAGAAGGCACUGGAUCUGCUACUGAGUCAGCUGACGCUCUUCUACAGAACGCUGGCCACAUUUGGCACUGAUCCUGAACUGAUCCUGCAGGUCUUCAGGCAGAUAUUUUACUUUAUCUGCGCUGGUUCACUGAACAAUCUACUGCUGCGGAAGGACAUGUGCCACUGGUCUAAGGGCGUGCAGAUCCGCUACAACCUCAGCCAUCUGGAGCAGUGGACCAGAGACAUGCAGCUGCCCGAGCUCGGUCAGGCCUGUUCUCUACUUCGCAAUUAAACCAGAAACAAAUUUUAACAGCUGAAACAAUGUCUCUGUUUGUAGAUCGUGAAAAUCUUGAACCUCUAUACACCGGAUGAGUUCGAAGAGCGUAUACCGGCCUCAUUCAUUCAGAAGAUACAACAGCGACUGCUGAAGCGGCCUGCUGCUGAUCAGGAACAGGCGACGCUCAUCAUGAACACGAAGUUCAUGUUCCCCGUACGCUUCCCCUUCAAUCCGUCCAGUAUUCGUCUCGAGGACAUCGAACUUCCUGAAGUUCUCAACUUGACGAUGCUUAGAAAAGUUUAAAGUGUCCUAAAUUUUAUAUAUUGCGCACGAUUCGUUGAAAUUGGCAUGUAGGAAGAUCCAAGAGUUAUCUAACUUUAUGCCUGGUAUUAGAAUCAUAUAAGACACUGUGUUAGUGUCUAAAAUGAUAAUACAAGAGCUUAAUAGCAUAUAUUUUUUUGUGUGUCGUUUUCUGUGCGCUGCAGCUUGUAAGGUAGCAUCAGGUUCCUGAUCUGCUGCUGUUGGGAAGUGAUGAGGCAGUGUCGGUGCUAGUCCAGAGUAUUCCAAUGAUAGCUUAAAUGGUAAUUUAUAGAGUUCUCCCAUGCUGACUACGUUUUCUGUUGUACAGUUCAUGACCAGCUUAUAAACUUUAUACGUUGUGUUUACAACUAUCUUUUUGUACUUUAGCGUUUGCAGUGUUGAGUCCUACACUUCCUGCUUUAAUGGCCGUGCUAGAGUUAACACAUCCGUAUUUCAUUGACGAAAAUAAUGCAUCUAGUGACGUAUUAGCAACCUCGCAGGGAAAUAGACUGACGCAAUCCAGGCGUGAAUUUUGUAAAAAUUACAAUUUGUUUCUCUUGUUAUUUCGUUUAAUCGUGACAGUGUAAUUGACAAAUGAUGUUUUUUAUUUAUUAAGUGUUUAUAUAAUAAAAGUACCUGUUUACUAAGAUUUUAUGAUAGGCCAAUUACUCUCCGUUUCCAAAACCUUUUACCUGAACACCUGUUAUGCUGCCUUUCACAUAUUUAUAUAUGAAAUUUUGCCUGGUGUUAACAGCAUGUUUUCUGUUAGGGUGUCCGUCGUUUGUGUCCGACAUUGAAUUGACUGCGUAUUCAGCAUAUUUUCUGACUAGAUAUUGUUCUAUUUCCGGCCUCUCUUGUUGCUAUUCUUCGUCCUGAAGUUCAAUAUUAUUAAUUAAUUAUUCAAUUAAGUAAUUUAAAUUUUUAAAUUAUGUAAUGAACGGAUAUGUAUGUGAUAAAUUAGGUUUGGGAUUUCAGUCAAGAGAGCAAUUACUACACGAUAUCGUAGAUUAUGGAAGUGCUUCUAUAUUACCUAUGUAGAACAUGUGUGAUAAUUGAUGCUAUUGAGUGGCCUUAUAAUCACUGGAAGUUUAGGAAUGUGCUAAGAUUUUCAACAUAUCACCUACGAAAGUUGAGAUCACCUUGAGACCACCAUCACCUACCCCUUUGAGAGUAGGAAAGGCUUGAAAUUAUCAUAUUGAAAUGUCAGAAGCAAAGGAAACUUUACCGGCGAGUAUUUGUUAAAUACUUGGCGCAGGAUUUUUUUUUGUGGAUCAACCUAAUUUUGUUGAAUGCAAUUUUUCUCGAUUAUUGCAGUGGUCGCACCGAUGUUCAUUUCCGAUUAACAUAACCGCAUGUGCUCGAUUGUCUAUUAUCGCUGUUAUAACGACUAAAAGUUUCUACACAAUGAGGAAUAUUUUUCAAACUCGGA